AUGGCGAGUAAUGACAAUCCACCGGGGUACACCCCUCCUGUCAUUCUUGAUACCUCGACUAUAGAUGUUCCAAGUUCGACUGGGUCGAGCUCUGUGCUUCUCCCUAUGGAGACGGUGCCGGGUUACUUCUGUGAAAUCUCCUCAAAGUGCCAGUCGGAAAACACGUCCGACGCUCCCAAAUGGCUCUACUGUCAACAGUACGAUUACGAUAUCGCUGCUUAUUUUUCUUGCGUCUGCAAAUACACAAACACGUUGUCCAACAACGAAUACUUCUCCGCCUCUUGUGUACUGCAAGAGUGCAACGGCGCGGAUGCGAGAAAGCAGUUUCUCGCUAUGUAUCGAGCAGCCUGCCAGCAACGUGGUACGAGCUUAAUAGACGUUUCUCCGGAUUGGACUCCGUACGAUCAACCACUACCCCUACAGUCUACCGCUACUGUCAGCUUCCAAUCUCUUACGUCUACUCAACCGGGUACAUUGACUCAGGCCACAAGUGCAACUAGCUCUUCAGCAUCGUCAGACGUAUCCAUAACGCAGUCUACAAAGACUACCACUAAUACAAUCUCCUCUGCUAUGCCAACACCGACGGGCCCUGCUGAUGGGCAAAUCCCCAUUUGCGGCAUUCCUGACAAAUGCAUGACCAAGAAGUCGCAAGGCGAACCGUCAUGUAGUACUGGUGACCUUGACUGCAUCUGCAAGGUCAGCAACUCGCUCGAGAAGAACACCGAGUUCGACCAGCAAUGCGUCCUAGACGCUUGUUAUGGCGACAUUGGAAGAGAAGAAUUCCUAGACAGCCUUUUCUACCACUGCAAAAAGGUUGACAAGGAACUCAUUGACAUACCGAAGCGGUGGGAACCGUAUCUUCCAGCCACUUUCCCUUCUGCAACGCCUGCCUCAGUCCCACCCGUCGAAUCCAAUGGCUCUGUCUCUGAGAGUGCCCGCCAGCCCUUUAAGCUCACCGGUGGAGCCAUCGGAGGCAUUGUCACCGCAGCCGUCGUCGUCCUCAUCAUCGUCGCUGGCUUGAUAAAGCUUUGGUGGGAUUCCAGGAAGAAGGCCAACACACUUAAGAAGGACAAUGCGAAAUUACAAGACGCUACGAACCCAGAAGGUAUGUCGAUGAGAAUCAACACCUUGAUCAGCGAUUCGUCGAUACCUGAGUUCGCGUCGCGUCGUGACACUACAAGCGCAGGCCGCGGCGCAGACGCUUCCACGUACCGCGCGUCGGCCUACGAUGCCACACUCAUUGGUUCGCCGCGGAGUAUGGACGUGCACCCCGUUCAUGGUUACGGUACUGCACCUCGCGAAUAUGGUACAAAGACCGAGGACUAUAACAUGUCGGAGUAUGGAGACGACAAGUUCACUGGACAUGGGCGGCAAUACAGUCGUGAUCACAGUCGACACGAGCUUCCUGACAAUGAGAAUCGAGGUUACCAGACAGCGCCGAAUCAGGAAAAUUCCGAUGACGACUCGAUGAGUAGAUAUAGUGCCGGCCGGAACAGCUACGGCGACGAGACGGUAGAUUUGCAGCGGCAGCGAGGACAAGACGCAACAAGCGAUUGGGGGGUUGCGCAGUCUCGUGAGUGGACAAGGGAGCAUGAAGAAGACUGUAUUCGGAGGAGUGCACGUUAUUGA